AUGGUCGAGGAUUUUCGGUUCAUUUCGAUACAAGUUAAUGACCACGCAAAGGACAAGGCGUCACAGCGUCAAGCGCGCUCUCACGCGGUCAAGAGAGCGCUGGAAAGGAAACGUAAACAGCAGCAACUUUCCAGGGCCAAUUUUAUCAUAAAAACAUUUAAAGACCGCGAUCUCGAUAAAUCCGGCAGGACAGAGACACCAUGUACAGUCACUAGCUCCAGUCUAGCUCCAGUUGUGUCCCACCUCUCAGGGGCUCUGGAUCCGUUCCAGACCCUUGCAGUGAAUUCAUCAAGGCUGCAGGCGUUACUUGGUGAUUACAGGGCCAGGCAGGCACCGGAGCCGGUCUUUAGCGUAGCCCAGGAACUUGCUUUUCAGAGUUUUCGCUCGGUCUUCCGAACCGGUUUCGAUGAUCCCGCUCUUAUCAAUGCUGUAAUGCUAGCCCUCGCGUAUGCAGUCACCGGCGGGAACCUUGAUCGGGAGUGCCUGCGGUACCAGGGUCAGGCGAUUACAUAUAUCCGUGAGCGGAUGGCUUCUGAGGACGACGCGGCUUCGGAGGCGACUAUUGGGGCUAUAUUGCUGAUCGCUGGAGUGGCGGCUCGCCUCGGAUUGACAUAUCAGGUGGAACUGCAUAUGGGCGCAGUGCAGCAGCUCCUCAAGAUCUGCCAGAGAAAGAGUGUCAAUCUGACUGCUGGAAUCAAGCGAGCCAUUUUCUGGUCAGCUUACCUACUGACCAUAUCAUCUCUGCGCAGGCAAGACCUGAACUCGACCCUUCUCGCAGGCUCCAGGCGCAUAGUCGACCACACCACAUUCGCUGUUCUUCUCUGGACACGGAAUGCAUUCGCUUCAAGCGACUAUCGUCUUCCUCCGGGAUUCCAGUCCCGGUCACAUAUGUUCGGUAAGAAGUUUACUGCUGUGCUCGAAGAUCUCCACGCUCUGCAAUGCAUGCGGAAUGUCCCUCAACAACAGAAAGCCGAUGCAAUGGUCAUGCUCCAUAUUAACAAUCACACCGCAUCUGUCCAAUCCCGUCUUAUUGCGCUAUCAGACCUAUCCCGGUUGCAAGAUUGUUGUCGCCUAGCGGCGUGCUUAUGUUCCGUGACGCUGUGCUGUAAGGUUUGGUGUGAGCUGGUGAUUCCGUCCCACAUUUCAUCCCAGCUCCUUAUCCAAAUUCGGGAGGCGCGAUAUGCCGACCCCGUGAUAUGGAACGGUGAUACCAACUCUGAUUUACUCGUCUGGCUACUCUAUAUUGGCGGCUCAUUUGCUCCAAAAGGGGUAGUUCGCUCGGGCUAUCUGGAACUGCUUGCCCCUUAUUCCUACUUUUCGUGGCCGGAACUACAUGACCAUAUGAGACAGUUCUUCUGGUCCGAUCACGCUUUCUUGGCGCCAGUUAGAGCGCUGUGGCGCGAGAUGUCGCAGAUUCACUUCCGGUGA